GACUGGCGGAAGCGAUGGCGGAGGGCAGGAAGGCGGUCAGACACCGCAACUUGUCUUUCGGCGUGUCAGCGCAGCGACGGUGUCUGUCCAUGCGCGUGGGGGGGACGCUGGGUACCAAUCCGAGUCAUCGAAUUUCAGGAAAUGGUGCCCCAGGUGCGGAACAGCGUCAGUGCCACGGCUAUGGUUGGGCAGCCUGGCAGUUUGCUGCCUGCCUGCCUGUCAAGACCUUCAAGGGAUGGAAGUACUCUCCAGACUGCACAAACCCAAGGGUCCUCCAAGGAUACCUCCAAGAUCGCUAAUAACCUAGCUGUUCCUUCCAGCUGGCUCUCGGCCCCGUGUUCCCAACCGCAGCCCCAUGGCAGGCUAGUACUACCCAAGUUAGCAGCAGUGGCAGCCAGCCUGUCCCCCCAUCCCGCGUACACCAUUCCGACGGGGAGCGGCGUCGGGACGCCUGGGACGCGAGAAAUAAGAAAAAAAAAAGUACCAGGCCGAGGCGAAUCCUCUUUGGUAAUUUAUAUCGCUUGUGCCGCAACCCGCCUCCCCCGUCGCGACCCCCUUCCCACCCCCUUACCGUUGUUUCUUUUCCCACAUGCCCACUUUUCGAGGCUUCCUCCGACUUGCCUGUUUGAUCAUAGCAGGGGCCAGAAUUUAAUCUGCCCCACGGAUCCUGUCUCCUGGGUCACUCACCCCUGCCCUGCCGCCGUGUUGUCACCGUCCCGACACUCGUGGGCAUAUAAGACUCUCGGCCUCCCACCCUUCGGCUUCACCCACCCCCUCGACUCUGGUUUGACUCGACAACCGAGAUAAUAAUCACUACACGACUCCAUACCUGGACGCCGGCCUCAUCAACAAGCACAUCUUCGGCCUCGCACCUGUGCUCCAGCCAUAUAUAAUAUACCCACUUCGC